UUUCUGUCAAAGCUUGAAUUUCAUUUUCGAAGCCUUGGAACUGAUUGGGACAAAGUUGUUUUCACCAAUGGUUAUGACAAAGAAGGUCAUCCGGUUUACUACAAUGUUUUUGGCGAGUUUGAGAACAAGGAAUUGUAUCAAAAAAGUUUCUCUGACGACGAGAAGAGAAACAAGUUUAUCCGUUGGAGGAUUCAGUCAUUGGAGAAAAGUGUUAGAAAACUCGACUUUGCUCCAUCUGGAAUCGCUACUAUUGUUCAAAUUAAUGAUCUUAAAAAUUCUCCUGGAUUUGUUAAGAAGGAGCUUAGACAAGCUACUAAUCAGGCACUUCAAUUGCUUCAGGAUAACUACCCCGAAUUUGUUGCCAAACAGAUUUUUAUCAAUGUUCCUUGGUGGUACCUUGCCUUUUCUAGGAUGAUUAGUCCUUUCCUGACACAGAGGACCAAGAGCAAAUUUGUAUUUGCUGGCUCCUCCAAAUCUUCUGAUACCCUUUUCAAAUAUAUAGCUCCUGAGCAAGUGCCAGUUCAAUAUGGAGGACUUAGCAGAGAAGGCGAACAGGAAUUCACCACGGCUGACCCUGCUACAGAGGUUAUUAUCAAACCAGCAACAAAACAUGCUGUUGAGUUCCCAAUUUCUGAGAUGUGGAUCUCAGAUUUUGGGGUAUAUUAGUAUUAAUUAUAGUUCUCCAACACUUGUUAAGGAUGGAAAAGUUAGCUAUAAAGAGUAAAGUAGCAAUGCUAAGGUAAUGGGAAGCAAAUAGGAUUAAAGGAUUGAGCAUUGCAUUUGAAACUGCUCUUUACUGCAAACAAGUUCUUUAGCUUGUUCUUUUUGUUUAACUUAUAUUUAUAUGUAUUUUUUUAGAUUGAAGAAAAAGAGUCUCCAUUGGUUCUAUAUUGAUGAGUAAUUCAAUUGUAAAUUAAUUAAUUCCCAUUAAUUUU